UUUAUAGAAAAACACACGUACUCCAUCCCAUUUGUUUGCUGGAAUAUAUUUAUCUUGGAAAGUACGUAGAUUUCAUAGAUAGAUCGAGCGUAUUAAUUCAGCAUGACUGUUUUAUAAAACAAUGUUGUAUUCAACCUCUCUCACCAGGGAUCUCCAACAAGAGUGACACCAGUUUCUUAUUAAGGUAUUAUUAUUAUUAUUUGCUAUCGCAAACCGGACCCCUCCUCUUUCGCUGCUAUCGGUGCGUUUCCACCUUUCAGUUUUACUCAUUUUAUACCCCUCUCCCUCCCCGCAUUUGUCGGAGUGAGACCGAGAGAGCACAGACAGAGAAACAGAAAAUGAAGGUGAUUGAUAAGAUUAGGGAAGCAGCAGGAGGAGGUGGAGAUGCAAAUGGCAAUGGAGGAGAUAAUAGCAGCAGCAAUAAGGUUGUUUUCUCCUUCGAGUUCUUUCCUCCAAAGACAGAAGAUGGAGUGGACAACCUGUUUGAGAGAAUGGACAGAAUGGUUGCUCACAAUCCUUCCUUUUGUGACAUCACUUGGGGAGCUGGUGGUUCCACCGCAGAUCUCACCUUAGACAUCGCCAACAAGAUGCAGAACAUUAUUUGUGUCGAGACUAUGAUGCAUCUCACCUGCACCAACAUGCCUGUUGAGAAGAUCGAUCACGCUCUCGAAACCAUCAAAUCCAAUGGAAUCCAGAAUGUUCUUGCUCUUCGUGGUGAUCCUCCCCAUGGCCAGGAUAAAUUCGUCCAGAUCCAAGGCGGCUUCGCUUGCGCUCUCGACCUCGUCAAACAUAUCAGAUCCAAAUAUGGUGAUUACUUCGGCAUUACUGUUGCUGGUUAUCCAGAGGCACAUCCUGAUGCCAUUGGAAGUGAUGGAUUUGCUACGCCUGAGGAUUACCAGAAAGAUCUUGCUUAUUUGAAGCAGAAGGUGGAUGCUGGAGCUGAUCUAAUUGUCACACAACUUUUCUAUGAUACUGAUAUCUUCCUGAAAUUUGUGAAUGACUGCCGCCAAAUUGGAAUCACUUGUCCCAUCGUUCCUGGUAUUAUGCCUAUUAACAACUACAAGGGCUUCUUACGUAUGACUGGCUUUUGCAAAACCAAGAUACCAGCAGAGGUCACUGCUGCAUUGGAGCCUAUCAAGGACAACGAGGAAGCUGUCAGAGCCUAUGGAAUUCACCUUGGAACUGAAAUGUGCAAGAAGAUUUUAGCUCAUGGAAUCAAGACAUUGCAUCUAUAUACCCUGAACAUGGAGAAAUCUGCUUUAGCCAUAUUAAUGAAUCUUGGUUUGAUUGAAGAGUCCAAGAUUACAAGGGCAUUGCCGUGGCGCCCCCCUACAAAUGUUUUCCGUGCAAAAGAAGAUGUCCGUCCAAUAUUCUGGGCUAAUCGCCCAAAGAGCUAUCUAUCAAGGACAAUAGGCUGGGACCAGUACCCUCGUGGCCGAUGGGGUGAUUCUCAUAACCCAUCCUAUGGUGCUUUAUCUGAUUACCAGUUCAUGCGACCUCGAGCACGUGGCAAGAAACUCUUUGAAGAGUGGGCUAGCCCCUUGAAAAGCGUCGAGGAUAUAUAUGAGAAAUUCGAGGUAUACUGCCUUGGGAAGUUGAAAAGUAGUCCUUGGUCAGAACUGGAAGGCCUUCAACCUGAGACAAAAAUCAUUAAUGAACAGCUGGGUAGGAUCAACUUGAAGGGAUUCCUGACUAUCAAUAGUCAACCAGCAGUCAACGCUGAAAAAUCUGAUUCUCCAUCUGUUGGUUGGGGAGGGCCAGGAGGGUAUGUAUAUCAGAAGGCUUAUCUAGAGUUUUUCUGCUCCAAGGAAAAGUUGAAUGCUCUUGUUGAGAGGUGCAAGGCUUUCCCUUUAGUAACUUACAUGGCAGUGAACAGAGGAGGGAGUUGGAUAUCUAAUGUUGCUCUGACUGACGUGAAUGCUGUAACCUGGGGAGUCUUCCCAGCAAAAGAGAUCAUCCAACCAACCGUUGUGGAUCCUACCAGCUUCAGUGUAUGGAAGGACGAGGCAUUUGAAAUCUGGUCAAGAGGAUGGGCCUCCUUGUACCCAGAGGGUGACCCAUCCAAAACACUGCUUGAAGAGGUGCAGAACAGCUACUUUUUGGUCAGCUUGGUAGAUAACGAUUACAUCCAUGGGGAUAUUUUUGCUGUCUUCGCAGAUUUAUGAGAAUAGGUGCUCUUUGCAGCUCCUCCAUUUGCUUAGAGUCCAUCGAAGUCGCACAAACAGGUGCUUUAUCCCAAGUUGAAUUCUAGCUUUAUUCUUCUUAUUGGCACACGAUGUUUUUGAAAUUAUUUCCUUAUUGACAUGUAAUAAUAAUUGAUUGGGGUUUUUCUACUCUCCAUUAUGGUGCAAAUUGUAUCUGGAGUGGCAACUAAUUUACUAAAGCCUAAAGCAAAUAUGAUUACUUUAUUUAUACA